GGAGCUGUGGUCGGUGCCUCUGUCCCAGGACGGCGGCGGCGGCGGCGGCGGCGUUGGUGCGGAGUUUCCCGUUGUUGUGUAGGGCAUCAUCAGAUUUUCAGGGUGGACCUAUCGAUCACCUGUAAAUAUGCGUGAACUUACAUGCGUGAACUUUUUUAUAAAGAUCUUCAGUUCAUUGGAGAACUUUUUAAGGAAAUGAAGCAUCAAAUGACUCUCAUUUCUUUAUCCCGAGUUGUGUCAGUCAACUAAAGGAUAUAUUUAGAAGAUUCCCAAAUACAGAGACCAAGUUUUUUCUGUUGAAAGUUGUGAACUUCUUAAAUUUAUGGACAUUUACAGAAAGAUAGAUUUUUGUUUGUUAUGCCGUCGGUGGAAUCGAAGGGAAGAGAGACGAGAAGGAAUAUUUAAAAAGGAACAAAAUGAAGGAGGCUGGUGAAAGGGCCAUGUAAAGGCCGAUGUGGAUGAUUCUGUGAUGGUCAGAAGACAUUUUUGUUCGCGAGACUGACGUUGAGAAGAGAAGGACUUCGGUUACUGUAACUCGCGGCGGAAGAACUGGUAAUCAUUGACAUGUGUAGGAGAAAAAGAAAAAUCAGCAACUUUUUAUUGAUUUUUACAAGGGACGUGCGAUCCCUUCUUUUUACCUUUUGUCGUUAAGAUUUUUUGUGACAUAAAAUUGACUGAGAUUUCACCAGAUUUAAAGUAAGUCAGAUGUCAGCAAACAACUCCCCUCCAUCCUCACAGAAGUCUCUUUCACCUGCGUCUCCUCUGCCGGUGCUUCCAGCCCCUUCUCCAUCUUCAAGUCCGCAGACGGGACUCUCCGCCCGCUUGUCCAAUGGAAGCUUCAGUACCCAGUCUCUCACGAAUUCCAGGGGCUCGGUGCACGGGAUCUCAUUUCUGCUGCAGAUUGGCCUUACCAGGGAGAGUGUUACCAUUGAAACUCAGGAAUUAUCCCUCUCUACUGUCAAGGAUCUCGUGUGCUCCAUUGUUUAUCAGAAGUUCCCGGAGUGUGGUUUCUUUGGCAUGUAUGACAAAAUCCUCCUCUUUCGCCAUGAUCUGCACUCAGAAAAUAUUUUGCAGCGGAUUACCUCAGCAGAAGAGAUUCAUGAAGGAGACCUAGUGGAAGUUGUUCUUUCAGCUUUGGCAACAGUUGAGGACUUCCAAAUUCGUCCACACGCACUCUACGUGCAUUCUUACAAAGCUCCUACGUUUUGUGACUAUUGUGGUGAAAUGCUUUGGGGAUUGGUACGUCAAGGUCUAAAAUGUGAAGGCUGUGGAUUAAACUAUCAUAAACGAUGUGCCUUCAAGAUCCCAAAUAACUGUAGUGGAGUAAGAAAAAGACGUUUGUCAAAUGUAUCUCUGCCGGGCCCCGGGCUUUCAGUCCCAAGACCAGUACAAACGGAAUGUGCAGCCUUACCCAGUGAGGAGGCCCAUUUCCACCAGGAACCGAGUAAGAGAAUUCCUUCCUGGAGUGGCCGUCCCAUCUGGAUGGAAAAGAUGGUAAUGUGCAGAGUGAAAGUCCCCCACACAUUUGCCGUUCAUUCCUACACACGCCCCACAAUAUGCCAGUAUUGUAAGCGUCUGCUGAAGGGUCUUUUUCGCCAAGGAAUGCAGUGCAAAGAUUGCAAAUUCAACUGUCACAAACGCUGUGCAUCAAAAGUACCUAGAGACUGUCUUGGAGAAGUGACUUUCAAUGGAGAACCUGCCAGCGUGGGAACAGAUGUGGAUAUGCCCAUGGACAUUGACAGCAGUGACGUGAAUAGUGAUGGUAGUCGGGGCUUAGAUGACACCGAAGAAUCGUCUCCUCCAGAAGACAAAUUGUUCUUCCUAGAUCCAUCUGACCUGGAUGUAGACAGAGAUGAAGAAACUCUCAAAGCUAUCAGCCCAUCGACAAGCAAUAAUAUUCCACUUAUGAGGGUUGUACAAUCGAUUAAACACACAAAGAGGAAGAGCAGCACAAUGGUAAAGGAAGGAUGGAUGGUUCACUAUACCAGCAGAGACAAUCUGAGAAAGCGGCAUUAUUGGAGACUCGACAGCAAAUGCCUCACAUUGUUUCAAAAUGAGUCUGGAUCAAAGUAUUACAAGGAAAUCCCGCUUUCAGAAAUUCUCCGAGUGUCACUGCCCCAGGAUUUCACGAACAUUUCACAGGGGAGCAACCCACACUGCUUUGAGAUCAUCACCGACACUAUGGUGUACUUUGUUGGCGAGGACAACGGGAGCAACUAUCACAGUCCGGUUUUCGCCGCCACGGGGGUCGGGCUUGACGUAGCUCAGAGCUGGGAGAAAGCCAUCCGCCAGGCUCUCAUGCCAGUUACUCCUCAAGCUAGCGUUUGCACUUCUCCAGGACAAGGAAAAGAUCACAAGGAUUUGUCUAUCAGUAUUUCUGUCUCCAACUGCCAGAUCCAAGAGAAUGUGGAUAUCAGUUCUGUCUAUCAGAUCUUUGCUGAUGAAGUACUUGGUUCGGGCCAGUUUGGUAUUGUGUAUGGAGGAAAACAUAGGAAGACUGGAAGAGAUGUGGCCAUCAAAGUAAUUGAUAAAAUGAGAUUCCCCACAAAACAGGAGAGUCAGCUUCGUAAUGAAGUAGCCAUUCUGCAGAAUCUGCACCAUCCUGGGAUCGUAAAUCUGGAAUGUAUGUUUGAAACCCCUGAGCGAGUCUUUGUGGUCAUGGAGAAGCUGCAUGGAGACAUGCUAGAGAUGAUCCUUUCCAGUGAGAAAAGUCGGCUUCCAGAACGCAUCACCAAAUUCAUGGUCACACAGAUCCUUGUCGCUUUAAGGAGUUUACACUUUAAGAAUAUCGUGCACUGUGAUUUAAAACCAGAAAACGUGCUCCUAGCCUCAGCAGAGCCAUUCCCUCAGGUGAAGCUGUGUGACUUUGGUUUUGCACGCAUCAUAGGGGAAAAGUCUUUCAGGCGAUCCGUUGUGGGAACCCCGGCAUACCUAGCACCUGAGGUUCUGAGAAGCAAAGGUUAUAAUCGUUCUCUGGACAUGUGGUCAGUAGGAGUCAUUGUCUACGUGAGCCUUAGUGGCACAUUUCCAUUUAACGAAGAUGAAGAUAUAAAUGACCAAAUCCAAAACGCUGCAUUUAUGUAUCCACCAAAUCCAUGGAAAGAUAUAUCCGGUGAAGCAAUUGAUUUGAUUAACAACUUGCUUCAGGUGAAGAUGAGAAAACGAUACAGUGUCGAUAAAUCGCUAAGUCAUCCCUGGCUACAGGAUUAUCAGACCUGGCUUGACCUUAGGGAAUUUGAAACCCGCAUCGGAGAGCGUUACAUUACCCACGAGAGUGACGACGCUCGCUGGGAAGUACAUGCCAAUGAACACAACCUUGUAUAUCCCAAGCAUUUCAUUAUGGCCCCCAAUCCAGAUGAUAUGGAAGAGGACCCUUAAUUUUUGGCCGAUGAACUUCACGUGGGAAAGAGCUGCACCUACGAACCGGUGACGCUUUUCUGGACCGACCGAUGCUCUUCGUGUGCUUUGUAGGUGAUAGAUCUACGGACUGUGAGAAAAUGUGGUGUGGAGUCAAUACUGUAGUCAACAGUGCAAUGACCAGGUACAGAAGAAGAUACCGAAAAUGAAGAUCACCACCAUGAAAUCAGGCUGAAGAACUGGCGUGAGCUUUCCAGAAAUCCUCUGUAACAUAUGUAAUGAUGUAUGGAUUUUUUUUUUAUGCCCUAGUCCUUCACUUCCUAUAUUUUCCUGGCACUCACAUACCCCUUUUCUUUUCUAUACAUUACAGAAAAGUUCACUAGAAUCCUAAAUCCAAGUUUCACGUAGUUUGACCAAAAAACUUAAAAACUUUUAGCGGUUAGGGCUAUUUUAUAACGCCGGUUAAUUACUUCUGGUCGCGUUUGUAUUAAAGAGAAGUUCGAGAGGCAGGCAGAAUUAUUUUGCGAGGCUUUGAACGUUUAGUUUUUGUGACAGUAGUAAGAACUUUCCUUCGGCUGUUUAGACCGAAUCGAUGAAUGGUAUUUAUUGAGUGCUUAUAGUGUGCAGAGCACUGUACUAAGCAGCGCUUGGGAAAAUACAAUACAAUAGAGUUGCUCGACACGAUCCCUGCCCGCAAGGAGCUUAUAGACGACGGGACAACGGUAACUUAUUUCACUUUUUUCUUUGACAGCGAUUGAGCACCUAGGUGCUAUAUUAACUGUAUAUUGUUUUCUUAGAUUACACAUCUGGACGCUUAACUUGUCCGUGUUUCGGCGGGAUUGUAGGUUCUUCUUGUUAAACCCGGUCGGCGCGCCUUCCUCAUUUUCUGCCUAAAGCAUUGGUGGGUUUAACGAGAUGAAAAAAAACAGGUAUAGUAAUCCGCUUUUCCCUGCUAGAGUCUUUAGUGAUUAUUUAAGUAGUGCCAGGGGUGCAGUUGGGACAUUUUUCACCACCUGGGAUGCACCUCUGUGGAAAACUCCAAGGAGAGAAUUGCAGUAGCUUCCCAUGUUUUGUUUUUUUCCUGAACUUUCACAUUCAUUCUCAAGAAACUCCGGGUCAUUUUCUUCUUGGGGAGUUUCCCUAAGGGGAAAUGGUUUCAUGGGCAAAAUCCCCAAUAACUAACUUAAAUCUGAUAGAAACCAUAAGGGAGCUGCAUGGGCACGAUCCAUUGUUUUUUUUCCUUCCUUCGGUCCCCUCCCCCAGAUACACACAUCUCCCACCAACGGGGAACAGGAGUCUGCUACUUUGGGACUCCUAAAACUUUUAACAAAGGUGGUAGGCAAGAAUGAAACGGCCACUUCCUUCUGUACUCUAGCCAAAGUGCCGUGCAGCCAUUUGGACCAUUUCAAGGGUGACCUUAUACACUUGAUGGAAUUGGAAGCUUUAAAACAUUUUCUAUUUCACCCCUGGGGUUAAUUCUUAAUUAAUUGCCUCUGCAUCUUUGAUUAAUCUAGCAACAGCAAAUGCUGGAGAGUGAGAAUGAGACUGUGUUUCUGAAGGCCUAAUAAGGCCAACCGCGGGCAGGCAUCAUAGACGAGAGAGUGUGUGUUGGGGUGGGGGGGAGGACGCGAUGGAGAUGAGCCAGAUAAGGUUAGCAUUACCCUAACUGCAUAGUACAUCUUAAUAGAGGGACAGUUGGAAAAAAUACAGCAGACGUUUUCUUUCUGGGUGAUUUUCAGAAGAGCGUCAAGUGACUCAACUGCCCCCCAGCCCCCGAUCCGUUUUUUAAAAAGCUACAUUCGGUCGCUUUGUAGAGAUUCCCACCUUAACCCCGUAGUGAAACGUAACGUUUAGAACAAUUUGCUCCGGAAGCACUUUAUGGUCUUGGCCAUUCUCCCCGAAUAAGGGAGAUGGCAUUUUUAACCACUUAGGGUUCGAAUUUAAUCAGGUUAGCGGAAGUGAUGGAAGGUUCGGCAGAUCUUCAAAGCUGGGUGUCCCGUCCAUUUCUUAAACACCUCCAGGAUAUUUCUCAGUCUCAUUCAGUUUCCUAAUUCAGGUGCGGAGGACAGGAUUGAUUCACCACAUUCUCUCUCCGUCUAAAAACUCAAAGGCACAUUCCCCAAAUCCCCACGUGAGCCGUCAUCUUAACAGAGAAUCGAGAAUCCAGAUGAGGGUUAGAAGGCACGGGAAACAGGGCAGUUUUGUGCUUCUGAUCCUCUUGACACAAAGUGGGUUUAAAUUUAGGAUUAGAUUAACACCCCCAGAAACCCAAUGAUGGUUUAUUGCCUGAUAAAGUGAAAAAUAACUGGAACAUUUUAUUUGUUUUCUGUACUUGAUUGAUCAGCCAAAAACUUACAGGUCAUGAACUGAAUUGCACUCUUAACUUUUAGUUGAAACCCAAAGUUUUUUAAAAAGAAACCUGAUUCUUUGCUAAAUCACUGUCAGGUAACUUGGAGUUCAGUUGCUCCAGGUGAUAAAUUUACCUGCGUAACCUUUUUUGUUUUGAUCAAAAAGGUGGUUUUUGUAUGAGAUGUUUUUUAGAAUAGCUAAUGUAAAAUGUGCAGCCUAAAAUGACACUGUUCAGUGCUUUUUUAUAUUUUUUUUACAUUCCCUUGUUUGUAAAUAGCUUUGGAGAAGCUUGGAAAUAAAAUAUUUCCCAAUCUUAACCUUUUCCAGUGGGAAACCCUGAACUAUUAUUCUAUCUCUAAUAGAGUGCCAAGACUAACAAUUUUUUGUUUGUCUCAUUUGGGCUUCAGGAUUGUGGAAAUAGCACUAUUCUCUAUUUGUAAAUGUAACUUUUGCUACAGAAAUAGGUGAAGCUUCAACAGUACAAAAACCCUGAUGCUUUUUAAAAUCCUGCUGAAUUUUUUUUUAUAAAAUAAAGACUGUAUAUGUAUCUGAAGUC